GGACCAUCUGAACCCGGAGACCGCGGAGGAGAGCUGCGUGCAAACCCUGAACUGAGACCCACACGGAAUAAUAACAGAGCUACACGGGAAUGAUGAGUUUGCGGUUUCGCAACAGGGUCCGUGCGCGUCGUUCACGAGUGUAGUUUCGUCUGCACUACCGAGCGGAGACGAGCUGCGGAGGAUUUGGUGUUGCAUUGUUCACGUGAAAAGGCGAUAUCGAUUGGUCGCGGCGCAAACUUGAAGCCGAGCGAGGACCUGAAAUCGACGGACUAUUAAAAUCGCUUUAUGGGACUCGACAUUCGCGCUGGAUCUCUUUAAUUGCACGCAGAGCCGCAUCGCUUGGGCUUAAUCCGCACGCCUAUCUCGCAGCUGCCCGUGCUGAGCAGCCUCUUCUGCAGAAGGCGUUACACAAGCGCCUAUAAACCUCUGCCAGGCACGGUGGUGCCUCGCUAGUAAAGAUGAACUAGCCGUCUUAUUUAUUAUUACUUGUCGGUACUGUGAAAUUUAGUUCAUUCGCCCAGUUUCGUCCACAAAAGUAUUUCGUCGGCCAACUCGAACAAGCUGCUGCUGUCGCUUUCGUCCGUUUCACCGGCGAAGAAGAAGAAUGGACAUGACACGAAAGUGACUCUGGACCUGUUGUUGGGUUUCACCAUCAGGUUGGCUGUCCUGUGUGAAAACUGAAAAACAGGCUCAAGCUUUUUUCCUCCUUGUGGUUCCUUAUGCUCAAUGAGGACUCUUGCUGGGCCACUGCAGGAUGGAUGGUGUUGAUUUGACAGUUCUCGUUUGUCGCCAUCAGUGCUUGCUUCUCUGCGAUUGCGUCUUGUUCUUUUACGUUUAUAGAAGAACACCCCCACUCUGGGGCUCAUGUCCUACAUACUGUAUCAGUAACUCUUUAUAAGAGACACCCAAAGAGGGGGAACUACCACAAACUUUGAGACUCUGGGGCAUAUAAUUUGUCUACCCCCUUUUUCUCCCCUCAUUCACAAAAUUUUGACAUCAAAGUAAAAGUUUACAUUUGGGGUUGUUUUGUUCUAAAUUAUUUAUUUUUUGAGAGUUUGCUUUUCUUGUUUUUGCCUGGAGGAAAGAUGUCCAAAAAUUCCACCAAUGGCAUGGAGUUCCUCGCCCCACCUCCACCAAAAAACGUGAAUGGCUCUGGUUCGGACUCGUUGUUGGGGGAGAAGCUGGGUGGAGAGGUCCAAAAGCGACGCCACACUAUGGAUAAGGACCUGAAGACGGCCGAGCACCGGUUCUUCCGGCGUAGCGUCAUCUGUGACUCCAAUGCCACGGCGCUCGACUUGCCCAGCAAAGCCUGCAUUCUCACACCUCCCCCAGACUGUGACUCGCUGACGUCUCCCCUAGGGCUCGUCUCCACCCCUGGUGUGGGUACGGAGAACCGUGCCGUUGCGGCCGUGGUCGAGGCUGUAGCGGAGGAGAGGACAGAGGGAGAAGCCGGUCUCCUUGCCAGGGUGGAGGAGCGGGGGCUGGGAGCGCAGGCAGCAAGCACUGGGUGUAGUGAUCUGAGCGGGUCAACAGCUGCGGUGGCAACGGUCAGCGUGCUGACCGACCAGGAGCAUGAUGACUUGGCUGCUGAAAAACGUGAGGAGGAGAGGGGUGCGGCAAAGGCCCGCGCCGAAGCUGAACAGAGGGAGGCUGAGAAGAAGGUCCAGGAGGAUGAGGAGGUGGAGACCAAAGCUGUGGGCACCUCGCCAGACGGCCGCUUCCUCAAGUUCGACAUAGAGAUUGGACGGGGCUCUUUCAAAACUGUCUACAAGGGCCUGGACACUGAGACCACUGUGGAAGUAGCCUGGUGUGAACUCCAGGAUCGUAAGUUGUCCAGGUCGGAGCGGCAGCGCUUCAAGGAAGAGGCCGGAAUGCUGAAGGGCCUCCAGCAUCCCAACAUCGUCCGUUUCUACGACUCCUGGGAAUCGCCCUCCAAAGGACGCAAGUGCAUCGUGCUGGUGACUGAACUCAUGACGUCAGGGACCUUGAAAACGUACCUCAAGCGCUUUAAGGUGAUGAAGAUCAAGGUUCUGAGGAGUUGGUGCCGUCAAAUCCUGAAGGGACUUCACUUCCUCCACACCAGGACACCUCCCAUUAUCCACCGGGACCUCAAAUGCGACAAUAUCUUUAUCACCGGCCCCACCGGCUCUGUUAAGAUCGGCGACCUGGGCCUAGCUACUUUAAAGCGGUCCUCUUUCGCUAAGAGUGUUAUAGGUACCCCUGAGUUCAUGGCGCCUGAGAUGUAUGAGGAGAAGUAUGACGAGUCGGUGGAUGUGUAUGCCUUUGGGAUGUGCAUGUUGGAGAUGGCUACCUCAGAGUACCCGUACUCCGAGUGUCAGAACCCCGCACAGAUCUACCGACGGGUCACCAGCGGAGUGAAACCUGGUAGCUUUGAUAAGGUAGCCAUCCCGGAGGUGAAAGAGAUUAUCGAGGGUUGUAUUCGACAGAACAAAGAUGAAAGAUACGCCAUCAAAGUUCUUCUGAACCAUGCCUUCUUCCAGGAGGAAACGGGGGUGCGAGUGGAACUGGCUGAGGAAGAUGACGGGGAGAUGAUCGCCAUCAAGCUCUGGCUGCGUAUCGAAGAUGCCAAGAAGCUGAAAGGCAAAUACAAAGACAACGAAGCCAUCGAGUUCACCUUUGACCUCAACAAAGAUGUCCCCGAAGAUGUGGCCCAAGAAAUGGUGGAGUCUGGGUACGUGUGCGAGGCCGACCACAAGACGAUGGCUAAGGCCAUUAAGGACCGCGUGUCCCUGAUCUGCAGGAAGAGAGAGCAGCGACAGCUGGUGCGAGAGGAGCAGGAGAAACGCAAACAGGAGGUCGAACAGCAGCAGCAGCCCAGCGACACCCAGAAGGCCACGCAGCUCGGACCUCCAGGAACCCCAGGAGUCGCUCCGACGCAGCCUCCCGAGCAGGAGGAUCCGGAACCGGAACAGCACCAGCAGCUGCAGUACCAGCAAGGUGUCUCCAUUGCCACUGAAGGUGUGGUGGACGGCGGGCAGGGCUCAUCCGUGUUCCCAGAGACGCCCUUGGGCCAGCACACCAUGUCCUUCAACUCUCCGCCAGCGUCCCAGCAGCCACAACCGGGCCAGACCCCCUACCCCUCUAUCACCCCUGCCCAGCAACACCCUGCCUUUUCCCAGCAGACCAUGCCACACUCGGUGAAUCAGCAGUACAGUGGUGGAGGGGGCUCCGUCCUUCCCGAGCCCCCACUCUUUUUCCCCACCAUCCCAGAGCGGCCAGUGUCCUUCUCCCCCCCACCGUCCUGCCCGCCCAAGGGCUUCAACGUGCAACGCCGGAAGAGCACCUCCAUCUUGGAAGCCCACACGCGUCACUUUCAGCCAGCCUACCGCAGCUAUGGCAGCGGCCUUCCCCCGUUCUCCGGCCUGGAGGCUCCGGGUGCAGGCAUGGACUCGCCGAGGUUCCUGCUUCCCGCCGUGGCCACGCAGAGAACGGCUGAGCCCCUGCACCUGCAGCCCCCGCCUGAACCCGCGUACACCUACAAGGACAUUCGCGCAGAGCAGGAGGAGGCCGUACGCAGACUGAGUCUCAACCAGGCUGCCCUGCUGGACCACUUUGAGGCCAUGGCAUAUGGCGGCUACCCCAUGACUGCUCAUCAGCUCAGUUUCCACCAUCAGAUGCAGGCGGUAGCCGCCGCUGCAAGCCUGGCCUUCGAGCCCUCACCUGGCGGCCCGCCUUACCUGCACCCUCACCCGCACCCUCAUCCGCACCAUGUGCAUCUGACUCACAGCCCUGCCCCCCAGCUCCCCACAGCGAGCGUGGCCACCUCAGCCUCCGCGCCCCAGCAGGUCUCUCCGGCAGUGCCCGAGUCCUGCUACCAGCCGCACUCCCCGUUCCCCCACUCGGCCCCGCCUGUGUUGGCCCACGCCACCCACGAACCCUCUGGCGCGUUCGACUUCCACGGUCAUGGCCUCCAGGUGGACCCAGGCAUGCUGGCCUCCCGGCUGUACCGUGUCCGACGCGGCUCCAUGGACCUCAACCUGGAGGAGGCGGGAGGGAGCCCGGGGCCAUGCGGCCGUCUGCAGCCCGUUACCGAAGAGUACAGCAGCUACGUGAGCCCGGAGUUGCCCCUGCCCCCUGGAAGCCUCCUGCUCCACAGGCCCAAAGACCACAGUCCAGAACCUUCCAGCGACUCCAUGACCUCGUCGGACGCCGGAGAGUUCCACUCUCCUCCGCCUCACCCCGGACGUCCGUCUCUGGAUGCCUCGGCUGCCCAGUCCAUCCCGCAGACGUCAUAUUAUGCAGUGGAUGGAGGGAGCACCACCUGUGAUGGACACCCACCCAGCCAGCAGACGUUUCUGUUCGUGCCACCCUCGGAGGGGCCAACUACGUUUGGUUCCCACAUCAGCGUGCUGCACAGUGCCUGGGCCAGGCAAAUACCCAUCCAGGCUGACCUCUCGUACCAAGAGUCUGCCCUGACCCUACAGGGCUCUGCUUUGCAGGUGCCUGCUUCCCACCCCAGUGCUGCUGUACCACUGGUGCCCGGCAGCACCCAGUCUGCGUCCUGGACUGACCCAAUGAACUCACAGUAUGGAGGUUACUACGUCCCAAUGCUCCCAUCGCAGGGUGUCCCACAGCAGAUUCCCCUGGGCUCUGCCACUCAGCCCUCUGUCUCCCUGCACCAGCUGCAUCUGCCUCCGUCUGCUAGCGCUGGUCUGCAGAGCAUCACUCAGAGCCACCUUCAGCCAGGGCAUGCAGUUGCUCAGCCCUACAGCGUGGCUCCCCCACCCUCCUCGCCCAGCCUGGUCUCCAUGGCCCCCAUGCCACUGCCCCCGCUGCCAAUAGCAGUGACCCAGCGGCAGAAGCCGGUCCCGGGUGUGCCGGCGUCCCCAGCAGCAGCCGGAGCAGUGAUGGCUGCGUCUGUCAUGCCGCCACCCGCAUCAUCACAUAAUCAAGCCAUGCCUCCUCCUUUGCUGGUAGCAACCACCUUGCCGACAAUCAGUGUGGCCACUGUCCCCACCCCUCCUGAGCAGCCCGCUCAAACUUCAGACACCCCGGCUCAGACGUCCCUGACUGGGACACACACGACAGACCUGGCGCAGCUCCAGACCCCAGCAGUGCACUGCACUGUAGAAAGCAGCCAAUCGGACGUGGCGUCUGGCUUGAGCGAUGGAAACGAGGGCGUGGCAGGCAGUAGGCACGAAGGCCGCCCGGCAAAACGGCACCAGCGCAGAUCUGUGCGUAGCCGCUCACGCCAUGACAAGAUCAGCAAAGCCAAGCUCAACGUGCUCAACAUCUCCAGCAUGGGUGACAGAGUUGCUGAGUGCCAGCUAGAAACGCACAACAGGAAGAUGGUGACUUUCAAAUUUGAUCUGGAUGGAGAUAAUCCUGAGGAAAUUGCUCAGAUCAUGGUUGAGAGCGAGUUUAUUCUGGAGAGUGAGCGAGAGUCGUUCAUUGAGCAGGUGCGAGAGGUCAUCGAAACUGCAGAUGAGCGAGGACUCGAGAGGGAGGGAAGCCAGGCUGUGAUCAACCCUGAACAGCAGAUACCAGUUGUAUACACACCUCUCCAGUCAGGUGCUAGUGGAGGUGCCACCACACAGGUGGUGCACUCGGCGGGCCGCAGGUUCAUUGUCAGCCCCGUGCCCGAGUCUAGGCUGAAGGAGCCCUUCUUAUGUACCACCCCGACCACCGGGGCCCCCCUCCUGGAGCAGCCUGCACCAGCUUCAGUGGCAGGCCUGGGUCUGUCUCAGUCUGCUUCUGCACUCAGUCUGCAGCAGGCCUUUUCUGAGCUCCGCCACAGCCAGUAUGACCCUGGACCCAGCACAGCGCCCCCUAUCCUCCACCCCUGCCUGACCCCGCUGCAGCCUGCAGCCAGCCCCCUGCCUGCCUCCUCCACAGGUGUGCUUUCCCCUCCAGCACAGGUCUCUGAGCCACCUGCCACCGCUGGCCUCCCUCCUGGGUCAGUCCCCUCCUCCUCUCCUCCUCCUACUUUAGUGUCCUCCCUGCCCAGCUCUCAGACUCCUCUGCCUGUUAGUCAGACUGCCAUCUCCACAGUGACUAGCAUGACUGCUCCGCCACCUAUGCUGUCCCCUCCUGUCUCUACCAGUGUGGCUGCUAUGGUCCCUCCAGCCUCUUUCCCCCAGCCUACACUGCCCCUGCAGGCUGCCAUCAGUACUGCAGUGCCCAGCAGCACAGCCCCUCUCCCCCACCCUGCUUCCAUCAUAAGCAACGUGAAUUCCCUUUCUGGGCCAGUCACCGAGCAGCCCCCUAUCCCUUCCAUCCCAAACCAGCUCACCCCAGUCGCGGUCCCCACCACAGCCGUCCAAACGCCCCAAAUCGCCCCCACCAGCAACCCUAGCACAGGCGGCCCUGUCCCGGCCGUAGCCCCCCUGCCCCAGGUGCCCGGACUGCAGCCGGUCACCACCAGCAUCCCCGUGGUCCAGCCCACACUGGUGCAUAGCCAACCCCAGCCCUCCACAAUGCCCAAUCAGAGCCACGCCCACUGCGCUGAGUGCGAGGCCGACCCCCAGGGCAAGGGCCCCGGCAUCGAUGACAUACACGCACUGGACAAGAAGCUUCGCUCCCUCUUCAUGGACCUGGGCUCGGGUCCACCCUCAGCCCAGGCCGAUACCGGUGUCACUGAGCCCACCGGACCCGGCACAUCCUCUCCGACCAGCUCUGCCACCUCCGGCCCACCCCUCCCACCAUCUAGCCUGCCACUGGGAUUCGCUGGACAGCCAGCGGGCUCCCCAAUGGCCACCCCAGGCACCACCGCCACACCUACGAGCUACGGCCAGAGCACGCCAUCCAAAACGGCGUUGGCAAGGGUACCGGUGUUGCCUGUCGGCUCCGAGCAGGCCGGCACGCCACCCACAGAAUACCCAGCGCCCUUCCCCGGACCUUGUCUAACUCAGUCACAGCAGCCUCUGGAGGAUCUGGACGCCCAGCUGAGAAGAGCUCUAAGUCCAGAGACUGUGUCUGUCAGCACUGUCACACAUCAGUCCUGCUACACGGGGAUGACUGCUGGAGCACAGUCAGUUCCAGUUUCUCUGGAUGGGGAACCAGUAGGUGCUCCGGGUGGCUUCAGACUGGGCCGAUUUCAGGUGUCUGUGGCAGCUGACGAGUCUUCCCUGCAGCCCCCCACCACCUCCUGUGACUCUUCCUCCUCGACUCUCUCCAGCCCAGAGAACACACUGAACAGAGCUCUGUCUCCUCUUGGGGAGCCAGGAGUAGACCAGAGGGACGGCCUCCCCAUCACUUCGCCUAGCCACGGGGCCUCUACCUCCCCGCCACCUACUUCCAUCGGCCGCUUCCAGGUCACCACCAGAGCCGACACCAAGGUGGGCCGCUUCUCGGUCAGCCGCGCCCCGGACGAACCCCUACCUCCACAGGCGUCACCAUCACCAGAUCCCCAGCUCAAGGCCCCUCCCUGUGUGGGCAAUGGCCCCGCCCCCAGCCCUGAAAGCAGGAGCCUGGCCAGCCUGAACAACUCCUUCAACUCCUACUUCAGCAGCGAUAAUGACUCCGAGUUUGAGGAUGAAGACUUCAAGCGAGAAGUCGGUAAACUGCGAGAGAAACACAUGAUGGAGAGUCAGGCCCUGUACACACGGCAGAAAGAGGAGAUCGAAGCCCUUUUUGCCCGGAUGGGGAAAGUCCCACCCACCACGGUGAACCCACCUGUACUGAACCCGGCAGGCCGCAGACGGCGACCCGCUAAGAGCAAAAGUAGCAAGUCCAGUCGUGGCAGCUCUCAGGGCAGCAAGAGCCCAGUGCAGCCUGCCAGCAGCACUUUAUCGGCGCAGAGCGCCCCAGCUGUGUACCCGGCCCAGCAGCCAUUCCUGGCCCCUGGGAACGUGGUGGACACAGGCAGCAACCCCAUGCUGCCGUCCUUCAAGGCCUCGCCCUCCAGUGACAACCUGUACUCUGCUUACACCAGCGACGCCACACUCUCUGCGCCCAGCCUCUGCGUCCUCACGCAAGGCUGUGUAAAGUUCAGCUGUGGGUCGGAGAGAGUGACCUUCAAACCAGGUGGCAGAAGGACCCGUUUUCUGAGUACGCCGUGCUUGGCUCUUUGGAAGAUGGUGAAAAAAGUGUGUCCCUGCAACCAGCUCUGUAGGACGAGCAGCACCAACACAGUGAGUGGACCUGGGUUGGGCCAGUGCCAGACUCAAACCCAACCGCCCACCACAGCACCACAGAGUCGCAAGGGCACGUUCACAGACGAUCUGCACAAGUUGGUGGACAACUGGGCCAGGGAUGCCAUGAACCUGUCCCAUGGCAAGAGAGGAUCCAAACCCCAACAGCAGGGCCCAUCUCAGGGCCACAGCUUUGACAUGAUCCCUCCUACCAGCAUAGGCCGGAAGUUCUCCGCUCCAGGCCAGCUGUGUCCCAGCGUCACAUCAUCUCUGAGCAGCCACACGUCUGUGCCCAACACCCCCGCUACCUCUCUGGCACCUCGUAAGGGAUCCCUGUGCCCUCCGCUUCAGUACGGCUACCCCUCCACGCCUUACAGUGGCCCAUGGGUUGGCGGCUCAGCUGUGCACACCCAGGCGGUGGGUCUGCUGACAGCCUCGCAGCCCCUGGGCCAGUUCCCCCCGAAUCCAGCCGCCCUGCCUGCCUUCCACCUCAGCACUUUGCAAAAGUCAGUCAGCAAUCCGGGAGGGCCCAACCUAAGGACCACGUAGGGGCGGCCUUAGCCAGUGCUAGGCGUCCGUGAGUCUGGGCUGGUGGGGUGGGUGCUUAGAGGUGAGUGCAGCGAGAGAGGAGGACAGAGAUGUGCAGACCAGUAGUGACCUGAGCGUGCGCUUGGGUACAUGGGUUGGUCUGUCUUGCAGCUGUGCAGACUCUGACUUCUAAAAGGGGCUAGCACAAGAGUUUAAGAGAGACUGGAGAGAGGAGAGCCAAUGUGAGAGUUUGUCUAAGGAGAGGUCAGGGGUUAUAUAUAUAUAUAUACACACCCACACACCCACACACACACAAACACUUGCUUCUCCCUCCUAGGGACUUCUGAUCACUCCUGCAUUCUGACAGACA